AACAUCUUCACAAUUUCAUCGCAAACUUAUUUUUUUUGUCUCAAAACAUUACUACUAGUAAUUAACUUACUACUACUUACUAGUUAAUUUUUAUCAUUAUCAUUAUCAUUCUUAUUCAUUAAUAUUCUUAUUCUUAUUCAUUCUUUCUCUUAUAAUUAUAAAUAACAAAACUCACUACAGCAUCAUACAAUACAAACGUAUAAAAAUGGUGAUCAUUUUGGUGGCAUUUGUUACAUUAGGUGCAAUUUUGAUCCUCAAUUAUGCCCUGAAAUCCCCUGUUUUCGCCUUCUCCGGUCGCCGAUUUCCUAAACUAUCCCUUCCUCCGGGUACCUUAGGAUGGCCUUACAUAGGCGAAACUUUCCAACUCUACUCACAAAACCCAAAUGUCUUCUUUGCAGACAAAGUUAAAAAGUAUGGUUCCGUUUUUAAGACACACAUAUUGGGAUGUCCAUGUGUGAUGAUUUCUAGCCCGGAUGCAGCUAAAUUUGUUCUUUCAACUCGAUCAAAUUUGUUCAAACCAACAUUUCCUGCUAGUAAAGAAAGGAUGUUGGGUAAACAAGCUAUCUUUUUCCACCAAGGUGAUUACCAUGCCAAACUUAGGAAGCUUGUUCUUCAAUCCUUCAUGCCUGGGGCUAUCAGAAGCUUUGUUCCUGAUAUCGACUCGAUUGCUUCACAAUCCCUUAAGUCUCUUGAAGGAUCCUUCAUUAACACCUUCCAAGAGAUGAAAACCUACACAUUCAAUGUGGCUCUGUUGUCAAUAUUUGGAAAGGAUGAGGUGAACUACAGAGAAGAUCUAAAGAGGUGUUACUACAUAUUAGAAAAAGGGUAUAAUUCAAUGCCAAUCAAUUUACCAGGAACACUUUUCAAUAAAUCCAUGAAAGCUAGGAAAGAAUUGGCCCAAAUAUUGGCCCAAAUCAUAUCAACUAGAAGAGAGAUGAAAAAGGACCACCAAGACUUGCUAUCCUCCUUUAUGGGUGACAAAGAAUCCCUCACCGACGAACAAAUUGCUGACAACGUCAUUGGUGUCAUUUUUGCCGCGAGAGACACUACCGCGAGUGUCCUUACUUGGAUCCUUAAGUACCUCGCGGACAACUCCUCCGUACUUCAAGCUGUCACGGAAGAACAAGAAGCAAUAAUUAAAGAAAAAAAGGAAAGUGGUGAAGAAAAGGUACUUUGUUGGGCAGAUACCAAGAAAAUGCCCUUAACAAUAAGGGUAUUCCAAGAAACAUUAAGGGUAGCAUCAAUUUUAUCCUUCACUUUUAGGGAAGCUGUUGAAGAUGUUGAGUAUGAAGGGUACCUAAUUCCUAAAGGGUGGAAAGUACUCCCAUUAUUCAGGAAUAUUCACCAUAGUCCUGAAAAUUUCCCUGAGCCUGAGAAGUUUGACCCUUCUAGAUUUGAGGUGGCACAAAAACCCAAUACAUUCUUGCCAUUUGGCAGUGGGAUCCACUCAUGUCCUGGCAAUGAACUGGCAAAGCUAGAGAUUCUUGUUAUGUUACAUCACAUAACCACAAAGUACAGAUGGUCUAUCAUUGGCCCACAAAACGAAAUUCAGUAUGGCCCAUUUGCACUUCCCCAGAAUGGUCUUCCCAUUAAAUUAUCCCUCAAAAGUCAAGAUUAAGAGUCCUAAAAUUGGGAUCUUAUUAUGAUCAAGAGGAUAACAAAAUUAAAUGAUAUUGGAUUUGAGAUGAGGAAAAUACUCUUUAUUCAUAUCCAAAGUGUUUUCGAAGUCCGGAAAAAUAACGAGUAAAGUAGAGCUGAUAACUCAAUCAAACGGAUUGGAUCGUGUUCUUUAUUUUAUGGUUUGAAAUGAACGAAAGAGAUCAAGAUAGGAACCAACCUUCAAGGAAAUAAAUAGUAAAUGGGAAAUAAGAAGAGAGGAGCCACAGCAAUUGUACAAAAGGUUCUCCUCGUAGCAACAAAUUUUGAAAGGAACUUUCUUAGUUUCAAGCUAUAGUAGGUUAAUAGUAGUCAUAAUAUUUUUUAUUGUUUCUUUGUUUUACCCCUAAUUAUUUUUAGACUUUAAUUCUUUGCUAAGGGUAGGAAAAAAAAACAAGAAGUCCGUAAGGAAUAAUUCUUGAAAAAUUGUAAAUUUAGAUUAGAUCGUGAUGAUCAGGGUUAGUAUGAUUUUUACAAGAUGCCGCAAGGCAAGUGAAUGAGAAUUCUAUUUGACAAUAAAUUUCUUA